GAAGCAGUAGAUCGUUCUUGUUAUGCGUUAACAUUGAAUAUAUUGAAAUAAAAAUCUUGAGAGAGACAAAUCCUUUAACUCAACAGUUAAUAAUUGAUAUUAUUAAAGCUCAACAAAAUCUUAUAGAAUUCAAAUUGACCGAGAAUUGGAUUUAUCCAACAAACAUCAUGACAUCUUUGGAAGUUCACGCCAAUCAUAUUACUGCUUUAGGACUAUUUUCUUUUCUCUUUGAUGAUACUUCGAUUAAGAUUUUAUCCAGGUUCACAUGUCUGGAAUCACUUCAACUUCACAAUUGUAGUUGUAUUGAAAAGUAUCCAAACAGAAUUUUAUCAAACGCAGUGUUUAAUUUAAAGUCUCUUUUCAUAGUCAGCACUCCUUCAAGUCUAACUACUUCAAUAAUCGCUAAAGCAGGCCAUAUGUUACAAUUAUUAGUUAUGGAUUGUGUGAAUAGCGAUAUGAUCGAUUUUGCUUCAAAAUAUUGUCCAAAUAUUUCCAUGUUGUAUGUUGAGUUGACUCAGAGCGAUUAUACACUUUUGUUUCCUUGGAUUGGAUCACUGCAGUUGGAGACACUUGAAAUUAAAUGUUCUGUUGAAUCUCGUAAUAGAACUCAUUUACUUAGUGCAAAUGAUAGUGGAAAAUUUUUGCAACUUUUAAGCCAGCAUUUACCUUUGACAUUGACUUUUUUGAGAUUAGAAGGAAUGGAAAUUUUGCCAGAAGAUUUUAAUAAUUUCUCAAAGGAUUGUAAUGUUCCUUUACAAACAUUUAUUAUCCAAGGCAUCUUGAAACAUUAUAAUGAUGAUGAAGUACUUUGUUUAAUCUCUCAAUUUGCCACUUUACACAAAACCUUGGAACUUUUCGGUAUCGAUCGCGAAGUUAUCCCUCAAAAGUGGUCAAAGAAAUUGAAAAAACUUGGGAUUGAGAUCUUUUCUAUUGAUGAUUUUGAAACAUUAUAUAAAA